UGAAAUGUCGAUAAUUUCAAUCUGUUUCAUUACUAGCGAUGUUCACAUUUAAAUUUUAUGUAAAUUUGACAUAAAAAUGUUAGUAUGAGAACAGUGCAUCCACACUAAUACCAUUCGUUUCGGAAUAAAGUGCUAAGACGGGUCCUGAAAGAUUGGCAGCUCCAUUUCUUUGACUUUCCAAGACUUCCAGAACACAGCACUGUGAUUCCACCCCAGAACCUCACUCCAGAUUAGAAGGGAUUUACUGUUAAUAUACUAAUGUAAACAAGAACAUGCAGUGAAAGUGGAGUCUUUGGUAUCAAUUUGUGAGAUAAUUUAGAGGAGACAACUCAAUUGUUUAACCUCGGACAUGAUAACACUAUCAGUAGACACUGCUUACUUCAAUUAGUGUAGAGAUAAAACCCACUAAAACAGGAAAAAAUCUCCUCUCAUUGAACCCCAGUUCAGUGUAAUUGAAGGCACAGUUCAUACCACAGAAAGACAAGUACAAGGAAGGGGGAAAGUGAUGUGAUCCCUAUUUUCUUUCAGUUUGGAUUUUAAUUGGUGUUAAUUGUUAUUUUUGAUUAUGGAAAGAUAGUGGAAAAAGUGGUCAUGAUUUCUUUAGACUACAAGUUAAGUUUGGAUUGGACAUUAAAGUUUUUACUGGCAUAUUUUAAGACAUAGAAAAAAAUGGAGCUAAAGGUGUGGGUUGAUGGGAUUAAAAGAGUUGUAUGUGGGGUAACUGAUAACACUACCUGCCAGGAUAUAGUCAUUGCUCUAGCCCAGGCAAUGGGUCGGACAGGGAGGUUUACGCUAAUUGAAAAAUGGCGGGAAAAUGAAAGACCUCUAGCACCAACAGAAUGUCCCUUGUUGGUGCUACAAAAGUGGGGUGAGUUCGCGAGUGAAGUUAAACUUAUGUUGUAUGAAUCGGGUACAAGGAGAAAACAGAAACAGUCGGAGAAAGAAAGUGUUCAGAAACCGCCAGAUAGAUUUUCGCAUAAUUUCACGCCACCAGUUAAAACUAGUGAAGCAGUGAUUCGGAGGUCAUUGACAUUUAGUGGUGGUAUGAAACAGGAACUGGGUGUAUAUAAAAGACCGGAAGGUAUAAAUUUUCAAAGACAAAGUAAUCAGGGACCACAGGGGCCAGUGGGUAAUCAGAGACAGAGUAGACUGUUACAGGUCCCUGAGAAAGUGACUAGUGAUGGGAAUUCAUGGUCUAGUUCUUCUUCUUUAUCAUCUCAAAGUUCUGCUCCUGCUCUGCAACAACAACAACAGCGUAGGAGACGUUCAUCAUCACAUGAUCGUAUGACAUCACAUGAUCGGCAAAGACCAUCACCUUCUUUACAGUCAAAUCAAACUGUACAGUACGGUGGUUAUGGGCAACAAAAUUCAAACCAAGUUCAGCAGUUUACGAACAAAGUGCCACAAUUCUCAAACCAAGGACCACAAUUCCAUCAAUCAACCAAUCAGAGACCUGCUAGCCAUAAUUCCAUUCCUGUAAAUAACUCUUCCAUUCCGCACAACUUUACUCAGCAAACCCAUACACAUUCCGGAAACAGUCAACCGAAAUACAACAAUAAUGUGCCAAUGACAAAUGGGCCUGUUAAACCAGUUAGUAGACCUAUAGCAAAUGGACCUAUACAUUCAUCAGCAUUUUCGCCUGUGCAGCCGCGUAAAAACAAUUUCGAGGGUAAAAGUGAGUCGCCAAGAAUCUCUAAUAUGGAUAUUCCUAUAUAUACAGACCAUAGAAAAUCUAGUCAUAAACACGAAAUGGAAGAGUAUGAUUUAGACAGUAAUUUUCCUGAUGUUGUCAAGGAGACUGGGCAAGAUCGCCUCAUUGAAGAGUUUCGUAUGCCAGGCGGCCCAAGUCAAAGUCAGCAUAGGAACCUAAUGAGUCGUGAAGAAGAAGAAAGAGUUAAAUUACUCCGUUUGGUCACCAUGCAAAAUGAACGAAUUAAAAUGCAAGAUUCUCAACUUGAAAUCAUAGAUACAGAAAUCAGCUCCAGAGAGCAGAAACAUGAGGACCUGAAACUUGAAAUUAAUCAUGUGACAGAAGAACUUACAAAGCUAUCUGAACUUAGUAAACAAAAAGAUGAUGAAAUUCAUAAGCUUGAUAACGGUACAUUGAUAGACGAAAUGGAACUAGAAAAGCAAGCCGAGCGAGAGAUUAAGAAUGAAAUUACCGCUUUAAGAUCUAGACUUGAAAAAUGUGAAAAAGAUUUGCAGCAGUUUCAGUCAAAAGUUCAGGUUUGUAGUAAAGAUUUGGAACAUGAACAAGAAGUGCUUAAGACGGAUGAAAAACGUCGGAGGGAAGAAGAGGUUAAAUUAGAAGCAGAGAUUUCAGAACUUAGAAAAGAAGUUGAUGAGCGGUCUAAAGAAUUAGAUGAAAAAACAAAAAUUUAUGAUAGUGUUGAAAAUGAGCUGAAAUCUGUUACUGAACAGUUGAACAAGAAAACGGAAGAUUUAACAUCCACAGAAAAAGAGCUGCAACGAGAAAAUUUAAAGUUUUUCCAGCAUCCGCAAAGUACAGAUAAGUCCACUGGGUCAAAUUCCAACAAGACAGAAGGGGAAGAGGUAUAUCUGUGGUAUAACUAUCCGCACUAUAAUCAUAGAGCUAAUACAGUAAGACGAAAUCAGUCCUCAAGGUCUUGGAGGGAAGUGUCACACCGAAGUUAAAACGCAACAGAAUUACUGCCAGUCCACUUACUAUUCUAGAAAUGACUAAAAAGGAAACUGGAGUAUGGGUCUGAACAAGGGUGUAAGGUUAUAAAACUUUGCUUGGAGUCCAGUUGAGAAAUGCAGCCUUGUCAUUGGUCAAUUCCAAAUUUGCGCUCAUUAACAACCAGUCAAGUGUUAUGGAUUUUAGACUGGUCCCUAAACUCAGUUUUGUAACUUAAGGUCCAAGUUAUUAAAUGUUGAGUUUGAAGACCAGUCUGAAAAUGCAUCCUUGCCAUUGGGCAGUUAUAAAUUUGCACUCAGGAAACAACCAAUCCGAUGCUGAAGUGUUUAGACUGGCCUCCAAACUCUAGUAUUAUAAUCUUAAGCCAAGGUCCAUGAAACUAUCUGAAAUUUCACUAUUCUUCAUGUGCUGCAAACCAUCGUUGUGACAUACCAUACAACACGUCUACGUGAUGACAUGCUGGCAUUUCCUGACAACAGUGGAUGGGAUGACAGCUGUUUAUAGCUUCCAGAUGUGUUCAGAUUUGGUUGACGAUUAUAAAAUGAACACUACAAAAAGACGUGGUGACUUCGGAAAUUUAGUGCUUUAGUUAUCCCAGCAACUUUACAAUAUGUAAUCAUCUUGAUCGGGGUUGAUCUAGACGCUACCUUGUGACUUGCACUCAACACAGUACAGAAAAUAUUUCCGAAGUUAACAUAUAUACACCGGUAUAUAUGAGAGAACCUUUUGAUUGUUGCACGUUUUUUUUGUUUAUCUAAGAAGACCCUUUUCGAUGUUGGAUUUAUUUCCUUAUCCUAAGUUUGCGCAAAUUCUUAAAAUAAAACGGGACCCAGUGAAAAAAAGAUAACAGAUGUUUAAAUUUGAAGUAGCCUAUGUUUGGGUAUGUCUACAUAUUUUAAAUGUUAAAAUAUUUUUCGAGCUGGUGAAAGGAAAAGAAUGAAAUACAAUCUUUCGAAGUAAUAUGUUUUAUUAAGUUACAUCAACAAACUCGGAGAUGUUCGUAAUGAUUUAAUUUUCGCUUAAAUCGAGUAUUUGCAUUCUUGCAUUUAAUCAAGUUAAUCAACAUGCAAGUUUAACCCUAAAUCUAAAGAUUUCAGUAACUUAAGUCAAUUUUGAAAACUUAACCGAAAAUCUAGAUUUAAACAGUAAUAUUAAAACUUAUGGCAGUCAAUUGCCACCAUGUUAAAAUGUAUGGUGUACCAUUUCCUUUUACAGUACCUUACAGUAUUUCACUUUAACAUGUGUAGGUCUGUAUUAUUAAAAUGAAUUACUUGAAUUUAAGGAAAUUAUUUAUUUUGAUCUUUUCAUGAAAAAGGUGAUUUUAUAACCUCUUGAAUAAUGAUAUAUUAAUAGAAGUUUAGAAAUUUUUGAUUGUGCAAAAAUAUUAGGUUUUACAGUAAGCAGUAGGAACCUACUUUUCAUGACAAAGAAUAUCCUGGGUUUAAUGUUUUAUCACAUUUUAUCAAUUAGUCAUUUGCAUGAAAUUUAUUUCCGGCAGCUUUAAGAUAAAUAUUUUAAUUACAGUAAUGUUGUGUCAUUAUAUUUCAGUACUGCUCUAGACGCUGUCACAUCUAGACAGGUAGUGUUACAGGCAGGAAGCAUAAAUAUUCAGACAAAAAAAUGUCAUCACUGUAACAAGAAACCUGUUGCCAAAAUAAGUAACUUCAUGCCUAUUAUUUUAUUGUACAAUAUAUGUAGACCUACUAUGUUAAGUUUCGGUAACAUAUUACAUCAAAAUGCAUCAAAAGAGAUUUUUCCUAAAGUCACUAUUCAAAUGAAAUAUAUGGUAUUCAUAUAAAUAUGUGAUAAUUACUUUAUGAUACACAUAUGUAUGUAAAUAUAUGGCAUCUAAAUAAGUACAAAAUGUAAUACAUAAUUAUUUGAAAAAAGAUACCUGAGGCUGAAACACAAGAACCAAAUCCUAGAUCCUUUGGCAGUAUAGAAUGCAGCUAAAUGACAAUUACAUUAGACGGGUUGAUUAAGUCUCUUCAUGAGAAGCC